CCCAUGCAUCAUUUCAUAAAUCCACUUUUUCCCCACUUUCUUUGACGCCACCCCAUUUUAAUUGUUGUUGAACUUGCUCAUUUACAUUAUUCAGAUGUCAUAUCAGAAGUCACUGUAAUUAAAGUGUUUGGGUGCAGCUUUGUGUUGAACUGCCUCACCCAUCAUCAUCAUCAUCACUAGUGUGAGAUCAUCCAGACAAACACGAAAUCCCUCAUUUCCCUUCACCACGGAGGAAUGCUACACAUUAAAACGGUUCAGGGAAUCUUAUCUGGUCAGGGAGGGUUGUCUUUCUUCCAGGCCCUGCAGGAAUAGCACAUUUGUGUGCAUAAAGCAGGGAAAAUGAGUACAGGGAAGCCGAGUGGUCUCAAACCACCCACCAAGAUUGCUAAACCAGCUGCGAUGCCAACCAAAACCUCGCCCACCUCAGCUGGCGCCAAGGCUGUAACAUCUCCAACCUCUAAUACGGCCCAAGAUGCUGCAUCAGAUUUCUGUGUUGGCGAACGAGUUUGGGUCAAUGGAAAUAAACCGGGUUAUGUGCAGUUCAUCGGAGGGACCCAGUUUGCACCGGGCCAAUGGGCGGGAAUAGUUCUAGACGAGCCCAUUGGGAAGAACGAUGGCUCUGUGUCAGGAGUGCGCUACUUCCAGUGUGAGGACUUGCGAGGUAUAUUUACUCGGCCCUCCAAACUGUCCCGCACUCCCGUGCCAGAGCGUGAGGCCAAUGGCACACAGACGCCUGCCAACAAGACGUCCACCUCCCCUGCCAAAGAUCCCGUUCCUGUCACUCAAACCACUAGUGCAACCACCAAGACCUCAACAAACCUAACCAAGGCCGCCAGCGAGUCUGCAUCCAAUCUGUCUGAGACGGAUUCGGCCAAGAAGUUGCUGCGGGAACUGAAGUUGGGUGAUCGUGUUCUGGUUGGUGGAACCAAGGCAGGUGUUGUGCGUUUUCUGGGCGAAACUGACUUUGCGAAAGGUGAUUGGUGCGGUGUUGAGUUGGAUGAGCCUCUUGGCAAGAAUGAUGGGGCAGUGGCUGGUGCAAGAUAUUUCCAGUGCCUACCAAAGUAUGGACUGUUCGCUCCAACUCACAAAGUCACCCGCAUUGGAUUCCCGUCCACCACUCCUGCUAAAUCCAAAUCCUCCAGGCGCAGGUCGACCCUAAAGAACAGCCCCAGCGCAUCCUCCAUCAGCUCCCUCAGCUCUGUCACCUCCUCAGUUGGAGGCAAACCCAGCCGAGCAGGCCUGCUCACAGAGACGUCGGCUCGGUACGCACGGAAGAUCUCAGGCACCACGGCCCUGCAGGAGGCCCUGAAGGAGAAGCAGCAGCACAUCGAGCAGCUCUUGGCCGAGCGGGACCUGGAGAGGACGGAAGUGGCACGAGCCACAAGUCAUGCUGGAGAGGUGCAGCAAGAGCUGGCGCUGCUCAGACAGGGCCAGGAACAGUACGCACUGGAGAUGGAAGCCAAGUUGGACCAGUUGCGUAGACUCGUGGAGACUGCAGACAGAGAUAAAGUGGAGCUGAUGAAUCAACUGGAAGAGGAAAAAAGAAAAGUGGAGGACCUGCAGUUCCGUGUAGAGGAAGCUUGCAUUACCAAAGGUGACCUAGAGACGCAGACCAAACUGGAGCAUGCCCACAUUAAGGAGCUCGAACAGAGUCUUCUCUUUGAAAAGACCAAAGCAGAUAAACUCCAGAGGGAGUUAGAGGAUACUAGGGUGGCCACGGUGUCCGAGCGCUCCAGAAUCAUGGAGCUGGAAAAGGAGGUGUCCGAUUUGCAUCUUCAGCUGAGAACCCUCCGGGCCGAGACCGCGGGAUCAGCCUCACCUCCAUUACAAGACAAAAAGAUCAAGGAGCUGAACUUUGAAUUGGAAAACAGACAGAAGGAAGUGCUCAUAUGCCAGCAGAAACUCGCCUCCUCUGAACAGGAGAAAACAUCCCUCCAGCAGCAGCUGCAAGAUCUGAAGCAGAAACUUGACACAGCAGCAGAGGACAAUAAUAAAGCAACACUAGCCAUGCAAGAAAUGGAAAGGAACAUUAAAAUGCAGAGAGAGAAGCUGGAUCAGGUGUCCAGGGAGAAGGAGGACAUGCAGAGGGAUCUGGCCGUCCGGCAGCAGCAGGAACAGGCGAAGGGUGAAGAGAGAGAGCUUCAGAUGAAGGAGAAGUUGAGCCUAGCAGAAGGAGAGCUGAACAGAAUCACUGAGAGAAGUGCUGAGCUGGAACAGCAGGUUGUGGAAUUGAAAGCCUUCAAAGACCAAACCCAGAGUUUACAGUCUGGUGAAAAGCAGGAGCAGAUGACGAAGAGGAAUAAGGAGUUACAGGAGGAGCUUGAGGCCCUGAAGCAGCAGAACUCUCAGUAUCAGGAGCAGCUGAGUUCAGAAACACAGAGCAUCGACAACCUCCGCAAAGAAAUUGAGGAGCUAAAACUGUCAGCUAAUCAGAAGUCUCAGAGGCAGGUGUCACUCCAGGACGAGAAAGGGACGUUGGCUCAGGAGUUGGACAUCCACGCGCAGCAGAAGAUUGGCAGCGACGCUCUGACUAGCCAGCUGGAGAUUACAGAGAGUGAGAACUCCAAUGCAAUGAUGUCUGAUAAAGACAAAGAGCUAGAGACACUAAGAAAUGAGAUUGCAGUGCUUCGUGUGGAAAAUGCCAUGGCCAAGACACUCCAGUCAGCUGUGACGUCUCUAGAGAGGGACAAAGCCCAGCUGCAGAGCCGAGUGAACAGCCUGGAGCAAAAGCUGGAGGUUCGGCAGACAGGGAAUGGAGAGGAAGUCAGUUCAGGUGAUGCUGCUAUAGACCAACUGAGAGAAGAGAAAGAGUUUGCUGAGGGACAGAUCAACUUCCUGAACUCAGUCAUUGUGGACCUCCAGAGGAAGAAUGAAGAACUAAAGGUGAAGCUGAAGAAAAUGGCAUUGACCGAGUUCAACGGAAAUGAUGAAAAUGAUGGUCUUGGUGAGGUCAAAAAGAAGAAGAAAGCCCCACCACGCGUUUUCUGCGACAUCUGCGACUGCUUCGACCUGCACGACACGGAGGACUGUCCCACGCAAACGCAAUCCCCAGACUCGCCUCCACACACCACAUACCACGGGAGCCGCAGCGGCGAACGACCAUACUGCGACAUCUGUGAAGCGUUCGGUCACUGGACAGACUCUUGCAACGAUGACCAAACCUUCUGAACUUCCUCAGCCCCUCGGCCUGUGAGCAGGCUAUGCACAGUUCGCUUUCAACCAGAUUAUACGCUAUUUUUGUACACAACAUAUAUACAUUCGAACCUCUUGUACAUUCCCUAAAUGAAUCCGCCCAAAUGAAGGCUAAGGUAUGCUGCAUUUAUGGAAUUUGAAUGUUAUGAAGGCGAGAGAUAUUUCUCUGUUAUCAAUAUUGUUUUGUGUGUUUCGUUCGUUUUUCACUGUCCUGUGUUGAUUGAUCUAAUGAUGAAUUACCAGCAAGAAAAUUGGGAACGGUUUAGCGAUACUUUGCAGUGUAUUUAAAGCUGCUGUGUGUAAUUUCUAGUGGCACAAAAUGGAAUUGCAAAAAUAAUGACUGUUUCCAAACAGGUUUUCCUCUCUACUAUUGUAGCUCCACCCCAAAGUCAACCCAUUGGUUGAGUCAGAAACUGACAUUUCAGGAUGCUCAAACAAACAGCAAUGUUUUGAAAGCUCCGCAAAGCUGUAGCCUGUGUUCGGAUUGGUAUACUAGCACACUGCGUACUGCACACUAGUCAGUAUACACUGAAUACUGCCCACUAUUUUUUAGAUGGUAUGUGAAAUGAAACGCAUUAUGCAACAAUAAAAAUGAAGCUAAAUUUUGUUUAAAAUUAGAGUGGAUUUUAAUUUCAGCUUAUUCGUUACUCAUGUUGAAUUGACACAUGUCGAGCACAUUGCAUUAUGGGUUCUGAUUGUAUACUGUACAUUUUCACCCAGGUAUUCUAUACAUACAGAAGUUAUACAUACUAUGCACAGUAUACAUACUGUAGUAUGUAGUAUGCUAUUCCGAACAUAGCCACGGUUGUUGCACUAUUCAGUAAUUCGCGCUACGAAUGGUCUACUUACAGUUGUCUCCGCAUAUUAAACCAGGAUAGAUGAUUUUAAUGAAGUUAUUUUAAUGAAACAAAAUUACACACUUCAGCUUGAAGAGCUCGUAACAGACUGUUAUCACAGACUCAAAACAGUACAAGUGCACCAAACAAAGCUGAAGCUAACCACUAUUAACUUAUUGCACUUCUCACUUUAAAUGUAUACAGCACAUGAGUUUAACUGCCAUUGUUUGGAACUAAGUUAUUUUUACUGUUAAACGUCAGACAUAUAGUUAUAAUAUGAAUGGCUUUUUAUGUGUAUUUCGAUGGUAUGUCCUGUAGAUUUCAGGCCUGUUCACACCAAGUCUGACUUUUUGGCAUAAAAUAAAUGCACGGCAAGAUUUUAAGAUUGAAUCUUUUUUUGUGUACGGAUUCAAGAUUGAUGAAAUAAAAUACCGAACAGUUACUUCAUGUAUCCAGACUUUUUUCAGAGAAUGAAGAAAAUUCUGCAUCAAAAAACAGUGUAGAAUUGUUUUGGUGCAAAAAAUGGCUUCCAAGUAUUUUAUAAUUCCAUAUAUUUUAGUCACCUCAACCUUGGUGUGAACAGACCUUUACUAAAGCACAAUUUUUAAGCACAAGAUCAUAUUGUAUCUCUUAUUAUUGAUGUAAUAUUAACAGUUUAAUUAGCAACCUAAUAAACUGCAAGUGUUAGAAUUGGUAACCCGCAAUGAAAUGGUGUGCAAGAUUAUAUUAAAUAUGUAUAAUAUUCAUGAUUGUUCCCCUUUGAUUUAAAUUAAUUUGAUCAGAAAAUUUUACAUUCAUUGCAAAUAUAUGGUCCGUUUCUACUGAAAUAUUGUGACAGUCUUUAACUAUUGUACUGUUUCAUGUACUGUAUAUUCACUUGAACUCAAUACAAACAUUCAAAGAUU